AUGGUAAAACAAGAUGCUCUAGAGGAGGUCGCUAAGCAAACCCAAGAUCAUGCAUCAGAAGAUGCUCACCAUCCCGCUGAUAAUGAGGAGCCAGUCAAUCCUGAUCCAUUCCACUCAGUGCCAACAACUGAAUGCCAAGAAACUAAGCUUCACCUCUCAACCUUACUAAUAACCCCGCAACCCACAGAGCCACUGGAGUCACCUAGGAGGGAAUAUCUGCCACCUGAGUCAGUUGAUUCUAUCACGGCCACGCCUAGCUACAAGCUGCCCAGGAGGGAACCACGCCCAACUGCCCUAGAGGGGACCACUGCCACAACUGCUGACCCCCUCACUGUAUUAUUCCUCCAGGUUCGGUUUGAGCUCACAUUCUUUGCUCUAAAUCCCGAAUUAAAUGUUGUGGCUCCUUGGAGAGAAUGGGAUAUUACAGGGAGAGAAGAUGCUAUUGAAUAUGAUAAGAAGCAUAAUGUGCCUGUACCGGUGACAAAGAAAUCGAUGUACAGCAGAGACAGGAACUUAUGGCACUUGAGCCAUGAGGGAGAUAUCUUGGAGGAUCCAGCAAAUGAACCGAAGAAAGAUAUGUACAUGAUGAGUGUUGACCCAGAAGAUGCACCUGAUGAACCACAAUAUGUGGAAAUCGGAAUUGAUUCAGGCAUCCCUGUUUCACUUAAUGGAAGGACUCUUUCACCGGCUUCUCUUCUUGCCGAACUCAAUGAAAUUGGUGGGAGACAUGAGAUUUGCCGCUUUGACAUGGUUGAAAACCGGCUUGUUGGUAUGAAGAGUCGUGGAGUCUAUGAAACUCCCGGUGGUACCAUCCUAUUCAACGCUGUGGGUGAACUGGAGUCCCUAACCCUUGACCGGGAAACCAUCCAAGUUAAAGACUCACUUGCCCUCAAGUAUGCUGAGUUAGUUUAUGCAGGAAGGUGGUUCGACCUGUUGGUAAUGCUCAAUUUGUAA